AUGUUGAAUAAGAAAAGAGUGGGGGCACCUAAAGAAUGGAAAAAUUGUCCUACGGCAUGGGAAGGUCAAUUUACUCUGGUAGAUAAGGGAACCACCACUGUUAUUCUUGAAGCAGUUGCAACUUAUGAUCUAUGGAUUUGGCAUGCCUUUUUUGGAUGUACGGGCACAUUGAACGAUAUAAACGUUCUAGACCGUUCACCCGUGUUCGAUGAUGUUGAACCAGGAAAUACUCCAAGAGUGAACUUCUUUGUGAAUCAACGUCUGUAUAAUAUGGCAUAUUAUCUUGCUAACGGUAUCUACCCUUCUUAUCCAGCUUUCGUCAAAUCAAUUAGACUUCCUCAAAGUGAACCAGAUAAGUUAUUUGCAAAAUAUCAGGAGGGAUGUCGGAAGGACAUUGAACGUGCAUUUGGAGUGUUGCAAGCUCGAUUUAAAAUCAUCCGCGAACCUGUCCAUUUGUGGGACAUAACCGAUUUAGCUCUCAUCAUGAGGUCAUGUAUCAUAUUACAUAAUAUGAUUGUUGAGGAUGAGCAAGAUACAUAUGCUCAACAUUGGACAGAUUAUGAUCAAUCUGAGGCAAGUGAGUCUAGUACACCAGAGUCAUUCUCGACCGAGGUGCUACCUGCAUUUGCGAAUCAUGUGCGUGCUAGAUCUGUGAUGCGUGAUUCAAAUGUACAUCACGAAUUGCAAGCAGAUCUAGUCAACACAUAUGGACAAAGUUCGGAAUGUUUCAUGAUUAAAUAA